AUGUUUGGGAGUUCUUCCAGCGGUACGGGCCAACAGUCCAACUCGUUGUUUGGCCAGUCGGCAAACACAGGAGCCAAGCCAGGUGGGCUUUUCUCAUCUGGAGCAGCUCCAGCAGCUCCAGCAGCUGGAGGCUUCAGUUUCUCUCAACCGGGUGAGUCCAAACCGGCACCAUCUACGUUUUCGUUUGGAGCGAGUUCGACAGAUGCUGCCAAGCCCUCAUUUAGCUUUGGAGGUGCUUCAGCGGCCCCAACAGCAGCAGCGAGCACGAAUGCUUUUGGUGGUUCUUCAGGUGGAUUUUCUUUUGGGAGCAAACCGGCUGAACAGACCAAUGCUGCGAAGCCAGCUAGCACCUUCAGUUUUGGUGCUGCUCCAGCUACGUCGACUUUGGGUACAAAGCCAGCCGAGAACAAGCCUGCUUUUGGUUUUGGUGCCGGUGCAGCUACCGGAACGGCACCACCACCUGCUGGUUCUGGAUUUUCGUUUGGUGCCAAACCAGCAGAGGCCAGUGAAGCUCCCAAACCCUUCAGUUUUGGAGCCAAACCAGCAGAAAACAAGGAGGCCGCAAAGCCUUUCAGCUUUGGCGCUAAGCCAGAGGAAAAACCAGCCGGUUCAGGACUGAGUUUUGGCUCAUCUUUUGGUGCUUCUGCUGCUACCACUACUCCUGCUGCUCCUGCUGCUUCCACUAUUGCUGGUGCUCCGACCUCUGCUGCGCCUGCAGCCUCUGGAUUCAGCUUUGGAGCGGCUGCACCUGCUAAAAAUGAUGCACCCAAGCCUGGAUUCUCGUUUGGUGCUGCCAAGCCAGAAGAGAAGAAAGCAGAAGAUAAACCAAGUUUCAGCUUUGGUGCAAAGCCAGCUGAAACAAAUAAGCCAGCUGAUGCUAGCAAACCAUCGUUCUCGUUUGGGGCACCUGCUGCUGCUGUUGCUUCGAACCCAGAGGGGACAAAAGCUGCUCCGGGCUUCAGCUUUGGUGGUGCUUCUUCAACCACAGAGAAGAAGGCCGAACCUGCUGGCUUCUCUUUUGGUGCUGCGAAGCCCGAAGAGAAGAAGACUGAUGCCAAACCUGGGUUUAGUUUGGGUGGUGCCGCCCCAGCUGCAACCUCAGAGAAAAAAGACGAUAAACCAGGCUUCAGCUUUGGAGCUGCUAAGCCAGCAGAGAAAAAAGAUGGUGCACCGGGUUUCAGUUUUGGAAGUGCAGCCCCAGCUGUGUCUACAGAGAAGAAAGAUAGCCCAUCGGGCACUGAGGACAAGAAAGCAGAUGCCCAGAAAACAGAUAAAAAGGUGAGUUUCGAGACAGAUUCAAAGACAACCACAGGUGUCAAACCAGAAGAUGUGCAGCCGCAAAGUGUCUCAUUGAAGAACAGAACACUGGAAGAUCUGAUCACCAAAUGGACGAAUCAGCUCUCGUCAGCAACGAAGAUAUUCGAGACCUAUAGCGACAAGAUCAACCAAUGGGACAGAGUGCUGGUUUCGAGUGGAGAAAAGAUUUCCACCCUUUAUUCAGACUCUGUUUUAGCAGAAAGAACACAGCAGAAGAUUGACCAGAACUUGGUGUAUAUUGAAAAGCAGCAGGAUGAGCUGGAACAGCUUUUGGACGGAUACGAAAGAGAAGCCGAAAACUUGUUGUCGACGAUGUCGACUUCCAACGGAAGUUUCAAGUCGAGCAACGGAGUUGCUUUGAGCAAUGACCAGAUAAGAGAAAAGGCAUACCGCACAGCAGAAAUACUGGAGGAUAGAAUUGAGUCUUUGGGUACCAACUUCUCCUCGUUGAUUGAUGAGAUCAACGAUGUGAGUGCUACGUUCAACAAGACGCUUCUGGGUCCUUCUGCGAAUGGGUCAGGUGCCAAGAGCGCAAAUUCGGAAGAGAAUUCUCUUGAGGAUGUGUUGAGGCUGUUAAACUCGCAUCUGGAGAGUCUCAACUGGCUGGAGAAAAAUGAAGUUGCUCUCAGGGAAGAUGUUGAGAAGAUGAAGAAGGUUAUUUUGUAA